UUACAUUCCUCUUAUUGAACUUAAAAAAAUAUAUAUUGAAUAGCUUCGCAAUGAGUCCCCGAUACAGCAGCGUAGCAGUCAUUGGCACCGGUCCAUCUGGUAUCUCUGCCGUCAAGGCCUUGAACGAUGAAAAGAUCUUCGACGCAAUCCGCGUUUUCGAACGACGAGAUCUUGCCGGAGGGCUCUGGCACUACGAUCCAGUCCCUGAUCUCUUUCCCACAUCUAGUGCCUCAAAAGUGAGACAAAUCAAGAUUCCCUCCAAGCUGCCAGCGUUUACACCCCCGGUACCCGAAGACACAACCGCGCGGACAGGCAUCUACGACACCCUCGACAGCAAUGUCGGCGCCGCAGCCAUGGCUUUCACUCACACCUCGCUCCCGAAAAUCAACUCCGCCCUAUCAAUUAGACAAUAUGGGAAGUCGAAUCCCUCCCGUCCGUUCCGGGUCGUGUCUGCAUAUCUUGCAGACCUCCUCCAGGAAUAUCUCCAUCUUGUCUCCUUCAACACAACAGUCGAGAAAGUUGAGAAGAACGGCGAAAAGUGGACCGUGACUCUUCGUAGAUCAGGCCAGCUUCCCGACAAUCAACCAGCAGAAUACUGGUGGCAAGAACAUUUCGACGCGGUGAUAAUCGCUUCGGGGCAUUACAACGUCCCCUUCGUCCCUGAAAUCGCAGGUCUAGACCAAGCGUCGAACACUCACCCAACAACAUUCGAACAUUCCAAGGCCUUCCGCGCAGCCGACGACUACGUCGACAAAACAGUCGUCGUAGUCGGAGGAAGCGUAUCCGCCGCCGAUCUGGUCGCAGAUCUACACGCCAUCGUCAAGGGACCCUUAUACCUCUCCCAACGAGGCAAGAACGAAGCCAUGCAAGCCGCCUGGGAUCUCCCCAACGUCGAAGGAAAGCCAACAAUCCAACGCAUUGAGACAACAGGAUCCGGGGUUAAUGUGAUUUUCGCCGACGGAAGCGUCGUCGAGAACGUGGAUAAGGUCAUCUUCGCCACAGGAUUUCAUCUCGCGUAUCCCUUCCUUCGGCCCAAUCCCACCACGCCCAACAAUCGCGUAGCCGGCUUCUACCAGCAUGUGUUCAAGAUCGGGGAUCCGUCGCUGGCGCUGGUGGGUCAGGUGCGCGCGGCGAUUAGUUUCCGGGUUUAUGAGUAUCAGGCUGUCGCUGUGGCGCGGUAUUUCGCUGGGCGGAAUGCGAAGCCCUUGCCUAGUGCGCAGGUGCAGGAUCUGUGGGAGAUCGAGCGGUUGAAGUAUAAGGGCCCAAGUUCUCUGUUUCAUGAGAUUAAGCCUGAUUUUAAGGAGUAUUUUGAUUUCCUUCGUGAUUUGGCGGGCCCCCCUGCGCCGGAGACGAGUGCUUACGAGCUGCCGCCGUGGGAGGACGAGUGGGCUGAGCAGGGAUUCGGGGUCUUGGGCUUGAAGGACAAGUAUUGGAAAUCUUUGAAGGCUGCUGCUGUGGAGGCUGCAGGGCAAGCGAGGGCUAGAUUAUAA